AUGGGUCAGAAGAACUCGCACCAAGGACAUCUGUCCGACUCGGUGGAAAAUUUGUUAGAGGCAGCAGUUGAGCCGGUGAAGGGAACCGUAGCCGAUCAACUGGAUCGGUUGUCAGCCGCAUUUGAUGCCAUCCAGAAAUACUUGGAAGUGUCGUCGGCGUCACUGCCGCCGUCGCCUUCGGGGUCGAGUCCAACAGCAUCAGUGAAGGCACUGUCGACCUCUCCGAGUCGACGACCCGUCAGCGCUUACCAGAGCAAGCUUGCAGCAGCCAAGCGAAAUCCAUCCGGUGGUGCUCGUACAGCGCACUCAUAA